AUGUCGCAAUUUGCCUAAAGUCAAAGUAAAUAAAGAUCAGUAACCAAUGUAAAUAAUGUUUCGUUUGCUGGAUCUUAAAAUAAUAAUCUUAGGUACAGCGAGUCUUCAUUCUCUCCAAUGAAAAAUCAAGAGUAAACUAAACCGUAAACACAAAGAGUCUAUAAAACAUAGACAAUGAAUUCCAUGCCUAUGUAAGGAAUCCCCACAAUGACAGGGAUCCCAAAUACAUUUGCUGUAUAAUAAAAUUGUGUUGCAGCUCAACCAUUGUGCAUGAACAUUAUUGUGGUUUCAAAAGAAGAAAUUGAGAUGCCUUGGAGACUUGAAUGCGAGUAUUUACAAUCCCUAAUUACUGAGCUUCAAAAUAAAUAAUAAGGCAAAUCUGUAUAAAUUGUGGAGAAGACAAUAACGGACAAUUCCAGAGUGGAAUUGUUAGAAUCAUAACUCAAAGAAUUAAGAAGAUAAAAUGAAUCUUUAUAGUAUGAAUUGCAUUCAUCAAAAACAUAUUAUGAGAAAGAAUUACAAAGAAUAAAUGGCACAUUUGAACUUAGGAGUGCUUAAGUUGAGGAUAUUGCAUAAAAAGAAAGCGAAUUCUAUCUCAUCAGAAUCAAAUUGGAAGAUCAAAUAUCCUAAUUGGAAAGCAAAAUCAAAUAAUCAGAAUCGUAAUUGAGAAGAUCAUCAGAUGAAAAUGUUAGAUUACAAUAAGUAAUUAAUUCUCGAGAAUCUGAAAUCAAUUCUCUUAGAAUCUAAAUCACCUCAAUUCAAUCUAACACUAAUACUAGUGAACUAGUUAGAAUAAGGGAACUAGAAACUUAAAUUAGAUACUUAAAUUCCGAAAUUGAUAAUAUAAAUUCAAAGCUCAUUAAUUCCAAUAAUGAAAAUUAACAAUUAAGAAUCUAAAUCUAAAAUCUAGAUUACACAACAGAUUCGAAAAACAACGAAUUGAUACUUAAAUUAAGGGAAUAUGAGAGCAGAGUCACAAUGCUUACUUCAGAAAUAGAGAGGCUUAUCUAUUCAAUUAAAUAAAAGGAAAUAGAAUUAGAUGAAUGGAAAACUAGAUAUUAAUAAUUAGAAAUGUCUGGAUCUUCUGUUUUCUAAGAAAAAGUAGAAUAUCUAUCCUAAGAAGUAGAAGUUUGGAAAUCUAAAUUCAUCAGAGCAAAUCACGAAUAUAACAGGUGUUAAGAGGAAAUCACUAUGUUGUAGGCAGAAUUAGAAUCAUUGAGAAAACAAAGAAAAUAAGAAUUAACAAUAACCUCAAGAGUAGUUACCAAAUAAGCAGCAACUUCAAAUAGUGGUUAUAAACAAUACUAAUAGUGA